AGCAUAUUCAACAAUACUACUGUUUGAACGAAUUUAAUCAUAAUCAAUUUUCAAAUGUUUUAAAAAAGUUUUUUCAAAACGACGAAACAUUUCUAUAUGCGUUUUCAGAAAUAACUUUUGAUACACCCUUUUUGAUUGUAAAUCGACGAAUCGAUCAAGUUCACUGACAGCAUACUUACGCUCUAAUGAAAACGACGAACCUGGCAAAACAAAAGAAAAUUUCAUCGAUUUGACAUUAGUCAUUUUGCUUUCGGUUUUGUUCAAACUCGCUUUUGUUUUUGUUUUCCAAGUUGUUAUUAUUUCAAAGCGAUAGAAGUGAAAAUGGAUGAGUCGUCCGGUUUUCAGCUGUUACUGGGUAAGUUAAACGAUUGGAUUAUUUUGAAAAACAUUUCAAAUUGUAACCAAUAAUUCAAUACAGAUGCUGCAUCACAACUCGAAGCUGGAACUUCGAGAGUGUCUAGCUUCCAUAGUGCCAAAGAAGAUGAUCGAUUAUACCGUUCCCCAGCCUCGUCAAAGUGCCAGCUCCCGAUCGCUACUGAUCGGCUUCAAAAACCAGCCCAAGUUACUGCUCAAACAAAGAAGCAACUAAAUCGAAUGACAAGCAGCCACAGAUAUGAUUUUGAAAAUCUGAACAUACAGAAGUUGACCGUAUUUGAGCCGGUACGACAUCGCAUAUCUGAGCAUAGUCAUGCGCGUUCUCAGAAUUCAAUGAAUCCUCCCAAACAUCGAGCCUCGCCCUUCUCGUCGUCUGAUGGUCUGACCGACCGGUCCCAGUCACGAGCCUUACUGUAUGCACAGAAGUUGUCCAGAUCACAUCCCGUAGGACGCGACACAUCUGAUCGCAGCCUUGGUCGCUCACAGGAUUCUGUGAAUCCUCCCAAACAUCGAGCCUCGCCCUUCUCGUCGUCUGAUAGUCUGACCGACCGGUCCCAGUCACGAGCCGUACUGUAUGCACAGAAGUUGUCCGGAUCACAUCCCGUAGGACGCGACACAUCUGAUCGCAGCCUUGGUCGCUCACAGGAUUCUGUGAAUCCUCCCAAACAUCGAGCCUCGCCCUUCUCGUCGUCUGAUAGUCUGACCGACCGGUCCCAGUCACGAGCCUUACUGUAUGCAGAGAAGUUGUCCGGAUCACAUCCCGUAGGACGCGACACAUCUGAUCGCAGCCUUGAUCGCUCACAGGAUUUUGGUAAGUAUCACUACUAACCAUCCAAUCUGUGAUUGAAAUCCAACUAUUUCUUUUAGUUAAUCCUCUCAAGCAUCGGGCCUCGCAGUCCUCGUCGUUUAACAAACAUAGUAAUCGGUCCCAUUCACGCCAAUCACGAGCUCCACUGUGUUCACCUAUGACAUUUCAAAAACAAUUUGAAAAAGUAGCAAUUGGCAUCGGCUUCUCUGCAAAUUCUACUGUAACCCACAAUCUGACUAUUUCCGAUGACGGAUACCAUGAUGUCUCUGAGAGCGGAAACGAGUUCUCCAACGUUGCUGGUGAUUUAACCAAGCACCGGACAACGCCCUCUUCGAAGUGUCAGCUGACAGUUCCGAUCGAUCUAUCCAAGUCUCGAUCCCCAGCGUAUACCCUGUCCUGUACAAAGCAAUCUCACGGAGUGGCUGCUAAGUCGAUCGACAUCUGUGUCCGAUCUAAGAUUGUCCCUCUGUUGACCCAAAAGGAUGCUGUGCGCUGUAAUAAAUCCAUGGGCAACUUCGCACUUCCUGAGGUUGCAGAUGAUCCUGAAAUUCAUCGGGAAUCGUCUAGUGCACCGCAAAUGUCUCUUGUCUCUGGUCGGUCUAAAGCACGAGUUGUACCCUAUUCUAUUCAAACUACAAAUCAAUUCAAACGACUGGCAAAAAACUCCAGUUAUGACCCUCAAAACUCGAACACACAAAAGUUGACCGGAUUGGACUCCUCACGACCCGACACAUCUAAACACAGCUUUGUGCAUUCUCAUAAUCCUGUUAAUCCUCCCAAGCAUCGAGUAUUGCCCUCCUCGUCGUUUGGCAGUCUUACUGAUCAGUCGAAAUCGCGCCAGUUACGAGCUCCAAUGUAUUCAUCUAUGACAUUUCAAAAACAAUUUGAAAAAGCAGCAGUUGGCAUCGACUUUUCUGCCAAUUCUAGUACAAGACACAAAAUAGCUCAGUUGGAUGACGAACGCUAUGAUUUCUCGGAGAUAGGAAGCGAAUUCUGUGACAUUUCUGGUAACACACCCAAGCAUCGGCAAUCGCCCUCUUUGAAGUGUCUAUCAAUCCCGAUCGAUCUGUCAAAGUCUCGAUCGUCAUCAUAUUUCCUGUCCUGUACAAAACAAUCUCACGGAACGGCUGCUAAUUCGUCCGACAUUUUUCCCCGAUCUAAGAUUGUCCCACAGAUGACCAAAAGCGCUGCCGAAUAUCGUUCCUCAUCCUCUUCAAAGCACCAAACAACAGCAGAUCAAUCCAAGUUACAAGCCAUGCAGCAUCACAGAAUGUCUAACGGCCCUCCUAACAUUGAAAAUUCGAGUAUUCUCAUGCGUUCCGACAAUUUUGAGCAUAGUGUGGCUUCUUUGGGAAAUACUGGAAACCUUUCAGUGUCAAGUUUAAUGCACGAAGAAAGUGACAUGUUCUCCCCAUCGUUCUAUAAGUCCAUCUGCAGAGCUACAACAUCAACACCAAUCAAUUUACAACCAAAGCAAUCGAGUCACACAACGAAGUCAUCAUUACUACACGCUUGUCCAAAUAUUAGCUUCGAGAAGCACGUUCCGAAGAAUCCUGUGGGAUUCCAAAGGCAGAACUCAAUCAGCACAUCUCAUUCUCCAAUGGACCUACGUAUUGCAAACAUUACCCCUGGCGAUGCUGAUAAUAACUAUGAAGAUGAUUCUCAGGAUGAAGAGGAAGAAACCGAAGGAGACCCUACAUUGUUGAACGAAUAUUCAAUCUACGAAUGUUUCGAAGAAUACAAGAAUAUGCAUACAGAUGAUGAGGAAUUUCCUGAUUCGGAUGACGACGAUUUUGAAUCUAAGCCUCAUCAGAAUCGUCGAAGUGCACAACUAAAACGUAAAUUUGACAUUGAAGAAGAUAAUAAUUCCGGAUUGAAUGAACCGCAAGAAAUUGAUGAAAAUAUGACAAUCAAUUCAACCCACCAUAAUCUUGAAAACGAACUGCACCAACCCAAAAUCAAAAAAGGUUCGAUAAGAACUCAAAACAAACAACUUAAAUUGAAAGGAAUGUCAUACACAAGACCAGAUGGAACUGUGGUACCAGCACGUUCUAUUAAAAAAGGUUGCGAAUGCAAAAUGAAAUGUAGCGAGAAAUAUUCUGACGCUGUCAGGAGACAACUACUUCGGAAUCUUUUGGCUCUCAAGUUAUCUGGACAAAAUCAAUUCAUUGCAAACCAUAUGAUAAUCACCAAAACUGCUCAUCCAAAGGUAUUUAUCUUAAUUUUAAUAGGUUUAUUUCGUGACGAUUUAGAAAGUUAAAUAUUGAAACUACAAACAAACAGACGUAAUACUCUUAACAAUUUUUUUUUAAAAUCCAUUUCCCACUUUACGUAAUUAUCAUCUGAAACGUUAAACACGAAAGAAUAAGCGUAUCUGGCUAUGAGAUAUGGAACAUAGGGUAUUUAAAGCGAGCUUGGUCGAUGAUAAUUGCGUCAGUGACACGUCUGUUUGUCUGUGGGAAAAUUAUUAUGCUUCGACACCCGGUGAUUUAUUGACCCACAUUCCUAAAAAAUGUCAAUCUCUAGCUGAUCCGAUUACUAAAAAUUUGAUCAUUCGAUUUUAUAUUGCUAUAAAAUAGUUCAUUAUGAAUGUUUAGUCUACUGAAAAUAGCUUGAGAGUGAUUUGCUUAACCCUUAUUUAGCAAAAAUGUUUGUUGGAAAAAUCAUAUAACUUUCGUUUAAAAGUAAUGUAAAUUAUAAAUGUUUCUAUAACAAGAAUAAA